AGCCGCUUCCCUGCACUACACACUUGAGCGCCGCUGCGCACGGUUGUCGCCUCACUCCGCCACUCUUCUCCAGGAACAACUCUUUGUUUCUAACCUCCUUCUGUGGAAAAUACAGAAUCUGUUGAUGCGAUUUAGAGCUCACUUCAAGUUAAGGCGGCCGCGUCAAGUUAAUUUAAAUCCAAGCUUUGUUUGGCUCUGGGGAUAAUCGUGCAGGAUCUGCCGCGGAUACACUGAUACUCCUGCGUGCGGACAGAGGAGCUCAAAGGAUCUGGGGUGGAUGGUUUUAAAUGUUGACCAGCUUUAUCACAAUAUUCACUGGACGGAUAUAGAAGCUCCUGGACUCUCCUUCUCCUCUGUUAACAAACAGAGGGACAAUGUUGUGGGACAAACUGUGCUGGCUGCUGGCCCUGCUGGCCUUAUCGUUCGGGGCGUUCCCCCCCUCCAACGAGCCCCUCUCCGCUCCCAGGAUCUUCCUGUCCUUCAAAGAGUUAAAGUCCACCGGCACCGCUCACCACUUCUCCUUCUUGCUGAACUCGACUGACUAUCGGAUUCUUCGCAUGGACGAGGACCACGACCGCAUGUAUGUGGGCAGCAAAGAUUACAUCCUCUCUCUGGACUUGCACGACAUCAACAAGGAGCCACUCAUAAUCCACUGGCCUGUUGCCCCACAGAGGAAGACUGAGUGUGUGCUGUCAGGGAAAGACACAAAUGGAGAAUGUGGAAACUUCAUCCGUCUGAUCGAGCCGUGGAACCGGACCCACCUGUAUGUGUGCGGAACAGGCGCGUACAACCCCAUCUGCACCUACGUGGACCGAGGACGCAGGUCACAGGGGUCCCACUACCUUCAGGCACCCCAAUCUGGAGGGAGAACAAGUCGGGCAGCAGACUUCAGCACUACAUCAGAGCCUUUGGAGGCGAAGGAAUACAUUUUCCGACUUGAACCUGGUAAAGUGGAUUCUGGGAAAGGAAAAUGUCCUUAUGACCCCAAACUGAACAGCGUCUCCUCUUUGAUCAAUGGAGAGCUGUACGCAGGAGUCUACAUCGAUUUCAUGGGAACAGACUCUGCUAUCUUCCGUACGCUGGGGAAGCAGACAGCCAUGAGGACGGAUCAGUACAACUCCAGAUGGUUAAACGAUCCCACAUUCGUCCACGCACACCUCAUCCCAGACAGUGCUGAAAAGAAUGAUGACAAGCUCUACUUCUUCUUCCGCGAAAAAGCCUCUGAGAUGGGCCAGAGUCCCAUGACCCAGUCCAGGAUAGGGCGGAUCUGCCUGAACGAUGACGGUGGACACUGCUGUCUGGUCAACAAGUGGAGCACGUUCCUGAAAGCUCGGCUCAUCUGCUCGGUACCUGGAGCUGACGGCAUCGAGACACACUUUGAUGAACUAAGGGAUGUGUAUAUCCAGCCGACUCAAGACACCAAGAACCCUGUCAUCUACGGAGUCUUCUCAGUCUCAGGAGCUGUGUUUAAAGGCUCGGCUGUGUGCGUCUACUCCAUGGCCGACAUCCGUAUGGUCUUCAACGGACCUUUUGCCCACAAGGAGGGGCCCAACUACCAGUGGGUGGCGUACACUGGGAAGAUCCCCUACCCACGACCUGGCACUUGUCCUGGAGGCACUUUCACCCCCAACAUGAAAUCCACAAAGGAUUACCCAGACGAGGUGAUCAACUUCAUGAGAAACCACCCCACCAUGUACAAUGCUGUAUACCCAGUACACAAGCGCCCCCUGGUGGUCAGAACCAACGUGGACUAUGAGUUCACUACAAUUGCAGUGGACCAGGUGACAGCCGCAGACGGGAGCUACGAGGUGCUCUUCCUGGGCACAGAUCGGGGGACGGUCCAGAAAGUGAUUGUCCUGCCAAGAGACGACUUGCAGACAGAGGAGCUGGUCUUAGAGGAAGUGGAGGUCUUCAAGGUUCCCACACCGAUUACCACCAUGAAGAUUUCAUCAAAACGGCAACAACUGUAUGUGGGAUCAGUCUUGGGGGUGACCCACCUGGCUCUGCAUCGCUGUGAUGUGUACGGGGAGGUCUGCGCUGACUGCUGCCUGGCCAGAGACCCGUACUGCGCCUGGGACGGCAAAUCCUGCUCCAGAUAUUCAUCCUCACAGAAGAGACGGAGCCGUCGGCAGGAUGUAAAGUAUGGCAACCCGAUUCGCCAGUGCAGAGGUUACAACUCUAACACCAAUAAGAAUACUCUGGAGACUGUGCAGUACGGGGUGGAGGGCAGCACUACGUUCCUGGAGUGCCAGGCCAGGUCUCCUCAUGUGUCUCUGAAGUGGCACCUGCAGAAGGAAAACAGCGACAGGAGAAAAGAGAUUCGCUCAGAGGGCCGCAUCCUAAAAACAGAACAGGGUCUCCUGAUCCGCUCACUGCAGUCCUCCGACAGCGGCAUCUACCAGUGCACAUCCACAGAGAAAAACUUCAAACACACGCUCGUCAAACUGCAGCUUGUGGUCCUUUCCAGUCGCACGGUCAACAACGUGUUGGUGGAAACCGGCAGCCCCGCCCUCCCUCCUCUGCAGUCCAGCGCCUGGACUCCCAGCGCCGGUCAGUAUAAAGACCUGCUGACCAUCCUAAGCCAGCCGGAGAUGGGCCUGAUCAACCAGUACUGCCAGGAUUACUGGCAGCUCGGAGACAGCGGCCUGGGAGACAACAAAGCCAAAAGCCUGAAGGAGCUGAAAGAACAGAAGAAGCCUCGCAACCGCCGGCAUCAUGAUGAGCAAACAACUCCAGCUGAGACAUGAGGAGCUGGUUACACACUUCAUCGUACUCCCCCCAGUCUACCUUUUCACACCACCUCCUAAACACUGCAACCCUCCAUUGAAGGGGAAUGACUCCAGGUAGAAAGAUGAAAUUAUCAGAGCGGACAAGACAGAUACUGCAACCCAAAGCAACAGCAUCAAACAGUUUCUAUGUAACUGUUGGAAAAAAUACACAAUAUUUAUUGUAGGUUGUAAAAAGUAAUUCUUUGUACCUAUCUAGAAAACAUGUUUUUUUUUGUUUUUUUUUUUGUGAAUAGGUAAAUUUGUGCAAAUAUUGUUGUUAUUAUAAUAUUGUUAGUGUUAUUGUUUAUUACAAUGUGUUAUUAUGUUGAGAAUAUCUUUAUGUUUGGUGUUUUUGAGAAACAGCAACAAUAACCCAGGACUUUGGGAGUAUCCACACAUGGACGAGGACCGAUGAUGAACACGUAUUCAGAAACUGUUACAGGCGACCAUGUUGGAUCACUUGACUGCUGGCAGUAUUCAGUGUCUAAGCUGGAAGUCGAGACUCUCGAACUUCCCAAAACUUCUUCACCAGAACUCUCUACUGUUUAUCGGACAGUUUUUUUUUCUUACUGUAAGAUACAAGCUGUUGACAGGAUCACGAUCGCAUUUCUUGGGACACGCGAGGAUGAAAGAAAUGCCCACAGACUGCACCUGUGACAUGUCAUGGUCACACGGUCACAUGUUAAUGGCAGGUCUCUCCUUUGUUUGUGGUCCAGCCUGGCCUCAAGUAAUGAUGUUGCAUCACCCACACAAAUUCUUCCAAAAUCAGUUGCUGCCAAGUGUUUGUUUUUGUUUAUAUGUGAAUAUCACAUCUCAAUGUUGUAUCCUUAACAGACGUGAUCUUUGUGAUAAGCUGUUUUUCGGGGGGAAAGGGUCCUUUAACGACACAAAAGCUGAAAAUAUAACAUUGCCUUCUCUUUUCUCUCAUGAGAUAAGAAAUUCCAGCAGGCAGCUAUAUGUGAGUUUGUGACAGUUUGUGAUAAAAAAAAUAUAUAUAUAUAUAUAUUAGAGACAAAGCACCUUCUGUUGCCAAAUUUGGUAAUCUAGAUAAAACAGUAAAUACUUCACAUGCAUCUGUGGCACAUGCAGCAUAUUCAUACAAGCUGGGGGUUUUUUUAGCUCUCAAUGAAUCCAAAGUUUGCAUUCCUGCCAGUUUUACUAAGGGGACAUCAAUCAUAUAAUCGGUCUACACUUCCAUUAGAUCACAGCGACAAAUGUGCUGAUUGCAAUGCUCGGGAAUUGGUUCUGUAUUUUCUGUUUCAGCUAUAACCACAGAGGUUUCACAGCUACUUUAGCCAGUCCAAUGUGGUGCCACAGACGUCAUAUAAAACUUCCAUACAGUUAAAAAAAAAAAAAAAAAAAAAAUGUCACAAGUACAACCACUAACAAGCUGAUCACCACCACACCUGAAGAGAAAAAUGUACCAAAAUCUUCAGAAGGUGGCUUUUCAUUGUGCAUGGCAUGUACAGUGUAAUGUAUAUGGUAUUUGUCUAAAAUGCUACGUUGCUGUGGAUGUCAGUGAAUGUCUUUCUUGUCGUGGGAAUAUGGAAAUACUGUCAGUGCAAGGAAGAUGCUGAAAGUACAGAAAGGUCAGAUUGUGAUUUUAAAUCCUCUCUCUCAGUCUCUAUCUAUCUAUCUAUCUAUCUAUCUAUCUAUCUAUCUAUCUAUCUAUCUAUCUAUCUAUGUCUCUUGGUCUCUAUUCUUUUCCUCUUCUGGUCUCAGAUAUUUGCAUAUAUUUCAAACGUGCAUCUAUUUUAUUUUCUCCGUUUGGCAGACUUUGCUCUGGGUCACUGAGGUAAAGUAAUGUAUGAUAUAAUGCACAGUUGAUGUUAUUGUAAUGACUUGUAAAAAAAUUACUAUCUUUUCUUCCUCAUCAAUGUUGCUGACUAAUAAAUUAA